UUUGCUGGAGAGACGGACGCGGUGUGGCGGAUCAGGGGCUCCUCCUGCUCCGCGGCGGCUCCUGGACUUGACUUGGACCCUGACACUCACUCUCCACCCCCGGACUCUCAGCUGGCAGGCGACAUGAGGACGCGCGUGUGGAUGGAUCCGCUUCUGCUGGGACUCCUGCUCGCUCUGCUGGACGCACGUUGUUGUAGAGGCUCCCGACAGUCCUUGCAGAAGUUUGAGAAGACUGAGAACCACGUGCUGCUUUGCACAGACUGCCCUCUACAGCCGUCGGUCCGAGAAAAUCAAUCGCAAGAACAGUGUGCUCGCAAGUGCAUGAAAGUGAAAAGCUUCAACUGCAGGGGAUUCAACUUCCAGAGACACAACAGGAAAUGUCACUUGCUUCCCUUCGACCGUUUCACGCACGGCGUUCAGAAGAAGCCCAACACCAACUUCACGCUGUACGAAAGUAAAGAAUACACCAGGGAGUGUGUCAACAGCAUCAAGGACAACUACAGAGGCCGCAGAUCCUGGACCAAGUCAAACAUAACGUGUCAAGCUUGGUCUGAUAACAACAUCAACGAACACACGUUCUAUCCCGACCACUACCCCGCGCAGGACCUGAGGGACAACUUCUGUCGGAACCCCAACAACCAUCCAGGGGGUCCCUGGUGCUACACCACCGACCCCAACGUGCGGUCUGAGGAGUGCGGCAUCCCCAACUGUGCCGAGGAGGUCUGUAUGACCUGCAACGGGGAGGAUUACCGGGGCAAGGUGGACCGCACAGAGACUGGCAAAGAGUGUCAGCGCUGGGACUCGGCAAGGCCUCACCGGCACAGCUUCCAGCCCAAAAGGUUCAGGGACAAGGACUUGAGGGACAAUUACUGCCGGAACCCGGAUCACCGCCUUCGCCCCUGGUGCUUCACCAUGGAUCGGAAAACGCCGUGGGAGUACUGCAACAUCUCAGUGUGCGAGCCGGACCCUUCUGAGGACCCGCAGGUCGACGUGACGUCCACCUCCUGUGUGACGGGGGACGGCAGAGACUACAGAGGAACCAUGAACGUCACUCCAGAGGGCGUGACAUGUCAGCGCUGGGACUCGCAGUUCCCCCAUAAACACUCCUACCUUCCUCACCACUUCAGAUGCAAAGACCUGAGGGAGAAUUACUGCCGUAACCCCGACGGCGCAGAAAGCCCCUGGUGCCUCACCACAGACCCCAAACAGAGGACGGCCAGCUGCACCCACAUCCCCAGGUGUGACGCUGAGGCCAGACAGAAACUGGAGUGCUACGAGGGCGCGGGAGAGCAGUACAGGGGCAGGCUGGCCGUUACCCGAUCCUGGAUCCCCUGCGCCAACUGGUCAACUCACAUCAACAGUCAGGACUCUCACUCCACGGUCUCCCAUGUCGGACUGGAGCAGAACUACUGCCGGAAUCCGGACCGAGACAAACACGGCCCUUGGUGCUACACCAACCCAAACACCCGCUUGGCAUGGGACUACUGCAAGCUGCGGCGCUGUGAAGCCGCUGCAGCGACUCCGGCUCCCAACAGUGACACAACUGGAGCGACUCCAACGACAACAAGCUAUCAAACCAGACGGAAGAUCUCCUGUUUCGUGCACAUCAACACCAGGAUCGUCGGAGGGCAUCAGGUCCGAGGGGACGAGGGCAGCUGGGUCGUCAGCAUCCAGAGAGAGAAGGCUCACCUGUGCGGGGGGUCUCUGAUCAGGGAGGACUGGGUGCUGACGGACCAGCAGUGCUUCACGUCCUGCAUCCCUGAUCUCAGGGAGUACAGUGUCCAGGUGGGCUUGGGCUCCCUGAAGAACUCCUCCGGUCAUCCCAGUCUGCAGAUCUCACGCCUGAUCUGUGGCCCCGAGGGCUCCAACCUGGUGAUGCUCAAGCUAGCAGACCCCGCACCCGUGUCUCAGGGAGCCUCCACCAUCCACCUUCCAGUCAAGGAAUGUCACAUCGCAGAAGGCACCAACUGCACCAUGUACGGCUGGGGCGAGACCAAAAAUACCGGGCAGGACGAGGUGCUCAACAAGGUGACCAUGCCCAUGGUGGACAAUGACAUGUGCUCGCAAAUCAAAGGCGGCGCCGGAGACAGUCGCGUAUGUGCAGGCGGCAACAGAGGAGAAGGAGUCUGUGACAGAGACUACGGGGGUCCGCUGGUGUGUCAGGAGCACGAGCGCAGGGUCAUCGUCGGCGUCAGCAUCCAGCGGACCAAGUGCGCCUCGUCUCGCCCGGCCCUGUUUGUGAACGUGGCUUUUUACUCCGAGUGGAUUUACAAAGUGUUCAGACAUUACCCGACGGCGGAGACGAACUGAUAACGCGGGGCGGGGGACGGACUCCGCGGGGGAGUUACCCCAGACUGACGCGGCGCCAGGGAAUUCCAGGACCUCUCCGGGAUGGAACCGCUCUGGAUCGUGGGAUUCUCCUGGGGCUGAAAAUCAGCAGCUCGCCCCUCCAAACGUCAAGUCCAGCGUCUUAUCAACCAAAGUCUUGUGCACAUCUUGGAACUCUACAUCGACUCGUUCAGAAUUCCUGAAGCCAUGCGAACGACAGUGACUCACCUGGAUGAUACUUGAAUACGAACGAAGGUCGUCACUUCAUAAUCUCCCCGUCUGUGGGUGGAAUUGUGUUUUUAAGUUGGGCUGCUUUUAUUGUUUCUUCGGCCUGGAAGUUCGCAGGUUUACACGAGUGCGUUCUUCCACAGCCGCUCAGAACCUUGGUCCUCGCUGGCCUGUGUGGUGGUGGACACCAGCAGCGCUACUAUGCCAAAGCCUUCGUGAUCUUGUGCUUCUAGCAUGAGAGUCAACACUACGUUUGGUCUCCAGUUUGGAGGAAAGCCUGGCCCCUGGUGGGCUGUGUGGUCAGUAGGAUAGAGAUAUAUAUAUUUCUAAUCACGCUGCGAUGGUUCCGUCAGCGUUUUAUGGGUCUCAUAGAUCUGACACAUCAGAUUGGCGUUGUGCUUCUUCUGAUAUAUUUAAAGAGAAUAGCAGCUUCUCGGUCUAUUUAUUCAGCCUCUGCGAGUGAAAGGAGGUUUCUCUGUGUAUUUAUUAUUUUCCACACUCUCACAGUCUUGCAGCCUGUAAAGACCUGAAAUGUUACCAAACAAGUUUUUUUUUUUAUCCUGAUUCAUCCACCAGAGUUUUAUCUUCUCUGGAGUUCUUAUCUUUUCCCUCCAGGGCAGACAUGUCACACUCAAUCACACACGGGGCCAAAAAAUGCAUUUCCAUUGAACCGCCGUGAACCGGCUUUCUGACAGGAAGUAGGCUAAACUGACAUCCGUCUCGUUCGUUCCUGCAGUUCCCCUUCGAUCGGCGUCGAGGUGUGAAGCUUCAUCACUGAGGUCACCGUUUUGUGUUGAACCUUCCACCUCUCUUGCGGGCCUCCUGAGAGGACUUGUUGGGCCGGAUUUGGCCCACAGACCUCGAGUUUGACUCGGGUGCUCCAGACAUUACCGUGAAGAUUUGUUCUUCACUUGGCUGCUGAGCUGCCAUGCACUCGUUAAAAAUAAUCAUCUUGAGGUGGAAACCUGUCUGCGAGUCCCGUCUUGUCCCCACCCAUCUUCACCUCUCCUUCCUGCCACCUUUCCCCCACAAGAUCAGCACAGCUUCAGCAGCGUAUGAGUGUGUUUCACACCGUUUGUCUGCAUACACAUCGUUCCCACAGGGGGCCGUCCGGUCUUCACCACUUUGAUCCCGAGCCGACUCAUGUUUGCUUCAACGUUCCCACGAGGUGUUUCCGAUGUCGCACUGCCUUUUAGCGCCUGGUCCUGUCAGUCCAUUCUCACCGACUGCGACAGUGGUGCUGACUCACGUGACUGAUCCUGGUGUUUGCACCUCCCCACGUCUUGUCCUGUUCAAACGAGGGAUUAUUUUAUUAUCCUAGGUGUUUUACAUUUCCACGUCCACCCUUGUUUUCAUAAACGCUCCCCAAAAGAAGUCCUCUUUUCUCGAGACAAACUUGUUCCCACGCCGUGGAUGGGAUCCCACGAGGAUCAGUUUGGUAGCGUCUCUCUCUCCGUCGCCCCCGUAAGCUGUAUGUUGGCCAUGAAGGUGAAUAGAAUUCUGAUAUUGAAAGUGGAAUCUCAUGUGUCAAACUCACGGCCUGAGGGCCACAUUUGUCUGAACAGGUCAGACCAUAACACAGUGCGUUCUUACGAGCUGAGCUGGAAAGAGGAGCCUCCAGAACAAACAAGGAUUCUGUAGUUUAUCGUUGCAUGUACAGACAUUGUUUAGCAUGGAAAGCUGAGGCUGCGCUUCUCACUCUGUCUUCAGUUGGAGGAGUGUAUCUUGGGGCCUUGUUCGCAGGUUAGGGGAGGGGGGAGCGACCUUCUUUCAACUGUGGGCAACGUUUAGCGUUUGAGUUCUACUUUCUUAGACAACAAUAUCGCAGAUACACGCGGCCAAAAUGAGUGUCUAGCCCUGUGUGGCGGGACUCCUUUACAGUAUGUUCACACCUACCGCGAUUCAAGCAACAAAGGCGAAUGACUUACAUGUGAAGUUGGGCGGCAAUGACUCGUCAACAUAGUCGACUAUAAUCAGUCGCUGAAGGCUUCAUGUGCAGACAAGGCCUGAUGUCAUCGCCACGUGGACAUGUUUUCAUUCACUGCAAUUGGACGUGAUGCUGCGCUCGUCUCCCCCGAAGCACCGUGUGCCGACUAGUCGAGUAAGGGUGAAGAUGACUCGUCAACUAUCAAAAUAGUCAUUAUGUCGAGCAGUAAAGUGAAGUAAAUGUACUGCAGAGGUUAGACAUUGUUGUGGACACGUGUUUGUGUGUGGCGUUUGGUGCGAGGAGGUGACGCAUGCAGAGAGGAAGUGAAAUGGAAGAGAAGCUGAUGGCAGCGGUUGCUAACGUUCAGGACUGCCCGAGCUGCUCUAAAGGAUCCGAUGCACCCAGGGAAGGCGGCGCCCAAGUCUUUAGUUGCUCUACACUUUGGCCUCUCUGAUCUGCCAUGUUGACACGCCACUAACUUAAGCCCCUCCCCCAGUAGGCUGACCUCCUUUUUAAGCACGACUUGAGAAGCGUCGGGAUAUCGCUUUGGCGGCUGACUCAGGUGUGAGUGUCGCCAGUGUCGCCAAGUCACGUUGAGCGUGAACGUACAUGAGAGAACGUCACUUACUGACGUCUGUGGACUCAUGCGGCCCACGUUGUCGAAAAGACCGCGUGGAGACCGGCGCAUGCUGAGGGUGAGGCUCAUCAUCGGUCACCUGGCAGAGACUGGCAGUAGAUCUGGAUCAGGAGAAGCCAGUUGCUUUGCCCUUGGUUCAUGACGUGGUUUCCCCGGUAACAACGCUGCAUUCUCCCACCCUGCGGUUCCACAGCUGCUCCGACAGCAACAUGAAGGAAAGCGACUGUGACUGUCGUUUGUACCAAAGAGUGUGAGCCAGGCUGCUCUUCACCGCCGAGGCCUUGCCCCAACGCUUUGUUGCACAAAUGUGAAAAUCUGAAGCAAGAAGGAAGAAGACGUCAUGUUUGUUGAUGUGUUUUUCUACCUAUUUAAUGCCACGUCAUGUAAAUAAACUCGGCGCUGUCCUUUUGUAAAUAUCAUUCAUGUUCUGAUGUGUGAACUAUAAAAGCUGCUACUUUGUGUAUCGUUCAGAAUUUUGUAUCU